AAAACUUCCCUUCGGUUUAUUUACUUGAAAAGGCUCCAGGCUUCGGCUUGGAAAAUUCAACCGCCAAAAUUGAGCCGAGCAGCUGGAGCGGCAGUGAGAGCCCUGCCGAAAACAUGGAAAGGAUGAGUGACUCUGCAGGUAAGCCCAUUGACAAUGAUGCAGAAGGGGUCUGGAGCCCCGACAUUGAGCAGAGCUUUCAGGAAGCCUUGGCUAUCUAUCCACCAUGUGGGAGGAGGAAAAUCAUCUUAUCAGAUGAAGGCAAGAUGUAUGGUAGGAAUGAAUUGAUAGCCAGAUACAUCAGACUCAGGACUGGGAAGACGAGGACCAGAAAACAGGUGUCUAGUCACAUUCAGGUUCUUGCCAGAAGGAAACCUUGUGAUUUUCAUUCCAAGCUAAAGGAUCAGACUGCAAAGGAUAAGGCCCUGCAGCACAUGGCCGCCAUGUCGUCAGCCCAGAUCGAAUCAGCCACUGCCAUUCACAGCCAGCUGGGGCUGCCAGGGAUUCCACGCCCCACCUUCCCAGGGGCGCCGGGGUUCUGGCCGGGAAUGAUACAGACAGGACAGCCUGGAUCCUCACAAGACGUCAAGCCCUUCGUGCAGCAGGCCUACCCCAUCCAGCCAGCGGUCACAGCCCCCAUUCCAGGGUUUGAGCCUGCGUCAGCCCCAGCUCCCUCGGUCCCGGCCUGGCAGGGCCGCUCCAUUGGCACAACCAAACUCCGCCUGGUGGAGUUCUCAGCUUUCCUCGAACGGCGGCGAGACCCAGACUGGUACAACAAACACCUCUUCGUGCACAUUGGGCAUGCCAACCAUUAUUACAGUGACCCAUUGCUCGAAUCAGUGGACAUUCGUCAGAUUUAUGACAAAUUUCCUGAAAAGAAAGCUGGCUUAAAGGAAUUGUUUGGAAAGGGCCCUCAAAAUGCCUUCUUCCUCAUAAAAUUCUGGGCUGAUUUAAACUUCAGUAUUCAAGAUGAUGUCGGGGCUUUUUAUGGCGUGACCAGUCAGUAUGAGAGUUCUGAGAAUAUGACAGUCACCUGUUCCACCAAAGUUUGCUCCUUUGGGAAGCAAGCGGUAGAAAAAGUAGAGACGGAAUAUGCAAGUUUUGAGAAUGGCCGAUUUGUAUACCGAAUAAGCCGGUCCCCGACGUGUGAAUAUAUGAUCAGUUUCAUCCACAAGCUCAAACACUUACCAGAGAAAUAUAUGAUGAACAGUGUUUUGGAAAACUUCACAAUUUUGUUGGUGGUAACAAACAGGGAUACACACGAAACUCUCCUGUGCAUGGCCUGUGUAUUUGAAGUUUCAAAUAGUGAACAUGGAGCACAGCAUCAUAUUUACAGGCUUGUAAAGGACUAACCAUGGUUAUUUAUAAAUAUAGAUAUCUGUAUAUACACACACACAUAU